CUUGUUCGAGCUGUGACUGAAAGAUCCUAAGACUUGCACUGCACGCCGCCGCCGCUGCUGCUUAGCUGUGUUUUCACCCAGUUUACGCUAAGUGGGUGCCAGUCUUGCUUUUGUAAACCAACGGAUUUUGACAGCAGGACCGAGCAGUUUUUCACGAGGUCAGACUUGGAUGGGUCACUCGGUGGCACAAGAUACUGUCUGUGGCGGGAUGGAAUGACGAGUUUUGGAGUCGAUUAAGGAUACUACUAAAAGAGUCGGAGUAGUCAUAGCAGUAGUCGUGAAAAGUGAACCCUCGAGAUAUGGAGUAACGGUGGGAGACGGUCAUUGAUCGCCUAUUGUAUUCUAGUACAUCAGAUGGACCGCGGCUCUUAAAUCGCAGAGGGAAGUGGACAGGCAAAGCAAGAAACUUUGAAAGCUCCCCCCCCCCUUUAUUGUUAUAGAAACUCGUGGCUAAGCACGAAUUAUACACAUGUGUACCGGAAAGGAUGGAAAAACACCUUGUAAAAUAAUCUGGAGAACCGGAUGCACCGAACGCAGCGGGCAGGUGGUAAUGAGAUAGAAGUGAAGGUUAGAGGAUUUACUUUCUUUUUUCUGCAGAAUCUUUAAUCCUACAAUCACGUUUUUUCACUAGAGACAUUCUACAGACGAUUGGAUGUCGUGCGGUGAGGGGUGAGCUAAUUGUUUGGACGGUACAAGAGUGUGUGAUCACAUCGUACGAUAAAUAUUAUUGCUAUUAUUAUUAUUACAUAUUACAACAUACGCCUGAGCAAUGAAUUCGCCAGGGAUAGACUCAUUGACAGGGUCUGGGAUGUAUCAAGGAAGUGUCUCCGCUAUGGAAACGGAUUCGAUCGCGGACGACGUGGAUUCUUUACACGGAGGAGCGGUGACCCUGGACCCCUUGAUCGAUCGGAUUUUAUUGGAGUCGGUCUGCCAGCAGCAGGGCUGGGUGCGUGUCUACGAUGUAAAAGGUCCACCUACCCACAGAAUGUCUUGCGGUCAGUCACCGUACACUGAAACCACUACAUGGGAAAGAAAAUACUGUAUUCUCACUGACAGUCAACUAAUAUUGCUCAACAAGGAAGAAGAGAUGCCAGUUGAAGUGCUUCAUGAAAAUCAGUCUGAGGCCGCUAAAGGACGCAGUCUACGCCGAACUGUCAGUGUGCCAUCAGAGGGUCAGUUCCCAGAGUACCAUACAGAUGGAGUUCCAAAAAUAGAGGCACCUGUGGAGAGGUCUCCACGAAGGAGGAGUAUUUCAGGAGUGGGAAGCUCUGAGAAACACAGCACAAUGGACGCUCCACAGUCUUCACCUUUUAAGGUGCCAGGCUUCUUUAGUAAAAGACUAAAGGGUUCAAUUAAGAGGACAAAAAGUCAGUCUAAACUGGAUCGUAAUACAAGCUUCCGUUUACCAUCUCUUCGAAAUAAUGAGAAUGAAAGAUCCCGUGGCUUGCCAAAGCUAAAAGAAUCACAAUCCCACGAGUCUUUGCUGAGUCCUGGAAGUGCAGUAGAAGCACUUGAGCUAGGAAUGGAAGAAGAUGUGCUUAUUAAACCUUUGCAUAGCAGUAUACUGGGACAGGAAUUCUGUUUUGAGGUAACAUAUUCUGGUGGAAGCAAAUGUUUCAGUUGCUCAUCGGCAGCUGAAAGAGACAAAUGGAUGGAGAAUCUUAAAAGAACAGUACAGCCCAACAAGGAUAAUUGUAGGAGAGCCGAAAAUGUUCUAAGGCUAUGGAUUAUUGAAGCUAAAGACCUACCACCUAAGAAAAAAUAUUUCUGUGAACUGUGCCUUGAUGAUGUUUUAUAUGCUCGCACUACAAGCAAAAACAAAGUAGAAAGUUUGUUUUGGGGCGAACACUUUGAGUUCUAUAGCUUACCACUGGUGCGCAAUAUCACAGUCCAUAUUUACAAGGAUGUGGACAAGAAGAAAAAGAAGGAUAAGAAUAAUUAUGUUGGUCUUGUUAAUAUUCCUAUUAGUAGUGUCACAGGUCGCCAAUUCAUGGAAAAGUGGUACCCAGUUAGCACACCAACACCAAACAAAGGCAAAACAGGUGGCCCAUCUAUUCGUAUCAAGUCCCGAUUCCAAACCAUCUCAAUUCUUCCAAUGGAGCAAUACAAAGAGUUUGCUGAAUUUAUUACCAAUAAUUACACUAUGCUGUGCUCAGUUUUGGAACCUGUCAUCAGUGUAAAGAACAAGGAAGAGAUGGCCUGUGCUCUGGUUCACAUACUACAAAGUACAGGCAGGGCCAAGGACUUUUUGACAGAUUUGGUCAUGUCGGAAGUUGACCGUUGUGGAGAACAUGAAGUUCUGAUCUUCCGUGAAAAUACACUUGCAACCAAAGCAAUUGAAGAAUAUUUGAAGCUAGUUGGGCAAAAAUACCUUCAUGAUGCCCUUGGAGAAUUUAUAAAAGCACUGUAUGAAUCAGAAGAGAAUUGUGAAGUGGAUCCAAAUAAAUGUUCAUCAAGUGAACUGUCAGAACACCAGAGCAACCUCAAAAUGUGUUGUGAAUUAGCUUUUUGCAAGAUUAUCAACUCAUACUGCGUUUUUCCACGAGAGCUAAAGGAAGUUUUUGCAGCUUGGAAACAUCACUGCUUGAAUCGAGGAAAACAAGAUAUAAGUGAGCGCCUCAUCAGUGCCUCUCUUUUCCUCCGUUUUCUGUGUCCUGCCAUUAUGUCACCCAGUCUUUUUAACUUAAUGCAAGAGUAUCCAGAUGACCGAACAUCACGUACACUAACACUCAUCGCCAAGGUCAUUCAGAACCUUGCUAAUUUUGCAAAAUUUGGUAACAAAGAAGAAUACAUGGCUUUUAUGAAUGACUUCCUAGAACAUGAGUGGGCUGGAAUGAAGCGUUUUUUGAUGGAAAUUUCAAAUCUUGAUACAAUAUCCAACACACCUGGAUUUGAAGGAUAUAUUGAUCUUGGAAGGGAACUCUCAGUGCUGCAUUCUCUUUUAUGGGAAGUGGUAUCUCAACUUGAUAAGGGUGAAAAUUCCUUUCUGCAGGCAACUGUGGCAAAACUUGGACCACUUCCUCGUAUCCUGAGUGACAUCACCAAGUCUCUUUCAAACCCAACGCCUAUACAGCAGCAGUUGCGACGGUUUCAGGACCAUAGUUCUUCUCAAAAUAUAAGUGGCAGCAUCUCUUCUGGACUUCAGAGGAUAUUUGAAGACCCUGGAGAUAGUGAUUUACAUAAAGCAAAAUCUCCAACUCAAGAACACUUGGAUGGAUUUAUUCGAGCAAAGCAUGCACUUUCAGGGCAGCAGUCCUCUACCCAGAGUAUAAGCUACUCUGAUAAGGAAGAACGGGAGAACCUACUGACAAAUGGUCGGAGUGUUUCCCUCAUGGAUUUGCAGGAAGGUCACAUGAACCAAACAGAAAGGCCUCCUAUCCAUGAAGUGUCUGCAAGGCUGGCUGGAAGUCAGCUUUCUGUCACAGGACAUCCUCAUUCAUUAAACCAGCAUCCACAUACAACAAAGAUGCAGAGAGAAACCCAGAACCUUCCACAAAGCGCACCACAGAUCCGCCGUCCUCUUCACCCUGCAGUUAAUCAACCUGGCAGCCUGCAGCCUCUUUCCUUCCAGAAUCCAGUUUAUCAUCUUAACAAUCCACCUCAACCAGUGUGUGGACCAGACUCCAGCUCAGAAAACCUAAGCACUGAGAGCUCACGCAGUCAAAGUAAUAGUGAAGAAUUUGUAGGAGCAGGGAAACUAAGUGGUCCUUCCAACAGCAGCAUAGAGGAUUUUAGCCGGCGUAGCACACAAAGCGAAGAGUGUGUAGCCCGGAGGCACACUAUGCCAGAUCGCCAUGCUACUCCCCAGCCUGUUGCCCUUCCCAGGCAAAACAGUACAGGACAGGCCCAGAUUGUAAGAGUAGAGCAACAGAGUAGGAGUGGUAGUGGAGGUGCUAGAACUUCAAGAUCCAUACCACACAGUACCUCUCUGCGAAGCACAAGUAGUGUGACAGGAAUGACAGUGAACGUCGAAGCACCUUUGCAAAAUGGAAACCGCUCUAGGCAGCAAUCAACAUCGUCUAGGGAUAGCCCUGUGCCCAAAUCACGAAUGACGCAUAAACAGCAGCAGCCUCAACAGGUUCAGUCACCUGUUGAAUCCAUUACCAUGUCUCCUGUGGAGAGGACAGCUGCAUGGGUGCUUAACAAUGGACAGUAUGAUGAUGAGGAAGUUUCAGAACAGUGUGCUGAUGAGAGCAAACAUGCAGAAAAGUAUGAACAAGAGAUUGCCAAGCUGAAAGAUAAAUUGCGUGUGUCAAACCGUCGCCUAGAAGAGUAUGAGAGGCGGCUACUGGCCCAAGAACAACAGAUGCAGAAACUACUAGUGGAGUAUAAAGCAAGACUAGAGGACAGUGAAGAGAGACUGAGACGACAACAGGAGGAGAAAGACAGUCAGAUGAAAAGCAUUAUCAGCAGGCUAAUGGCAGUGGAAGAGGAGCUCAAGAGAGACCAUGCAGAAAUGCAGGCAGUUAUUGAUGCUAAGCAGAAAAUAAUUGAUGCACAGGAAAAGAGGAUCACCUCUCUGGAUGCAGCAAAUUCUCGACUAAUGAAUGCAUUGACACAAGUGAAGGAGCGCUACAGUGUGCAGAACAUCCGCAAUGGGAUCUCACCCACCAAUCCAACCAAGCUAUCCAUCACUGAGAAUGGAGAGUUCAAGAACAGCAGCUGCUGAUGAUGUCAUUGCCGACAUUUGGCACUGGGCAGUUACUGACCAAUGGUUCAGAGAAGGACUAAAGGAGGUGUUUUACCACCACUGCUGCUAACUGACUUAAAAGAAACCACAGGAGACAGAUUUGUUUCCUCUUUAAAGUGACAAGAUGCAAGAAGGCAGAAAAAUGUUACCCCAUAUUACUGUAUAUAGCAUUAAAGUGUAUGGUCUUGUACAGAUAUGGAUUGUAAAAUACUUGAAGAAGAAGGGGGUCGGGGAGGGGGGCUGUUAGAUAUUGUAAUGACUUGGUGAGGUGUGUUUUAUAAAUAAGGACAUUCUUUAAAGUCAAAUAGAGCAGAUUUAUUCAGAAUUUUAAAAGAGAUUUUUUAAGUAUUGUAUAAUUUAGAGAUUCUCUAGCUUCAAGCUGUAAAUAUCAUAAGGGACUAAAAUUAAAUCACAUAAUG